AGCCAAGGGAGUUGUCCCCGAUACAGAGUAGCGAUUGGACCAUUUGCUUCCUCAAAAAGGCAAAAGUAGCCUCCUCCCGCAAGCUUGUCUCGUCACCAAAAUAGAUCAAGCGACCUUAGGUUGUGGCUGCCCAGCUCACAGGACACGUUGGUUAGGUUGUCAACGGGCACUGGAACUGCAGGUUUGCACAGUAUACAGAGUCAUAUAGGCCCUACAGUCGUAAAGAGACACAACAGUGUGAUUUUACUGCUAGCUAAUUCAGCUAGUAAGUGUGAAGCAACGAGUCGGGUUUCAUCAACCUCGAGAAGAACUUUGAUUGGACGGACGAAAACUUCAGAAACUAUUCAUUCUAAGAAGGAAUGGCUCUAGACUUUGUUGCAGGCUGUAUUGGGGGUGCUGCUGGUGUGUUGGUGGGACAUCCAUUUGAUACUGUAAAGGUGGGUUUUCAUGUUUCAUUUGAGCAUUUUAAUGUUUCAAUGCACAGUGAUGUAUUUUGUUGAGAGACUGAUUUUGGUCCCUUUGGUGUAUACAAGAGCAAAAAUGCAACUGAUAUAAUUAUGCACAUGUUUAUCAAACAUUGGCACUAUGUUUUACCUAUCAAUAGUUGUUUUUUUCAUGAGACUUAUUUUAGUCAGUGACAAAAAAAAAAACUGCACAGUGAUCUCUGCUGCCAUCUCAAAUGGAUCUGGGCAGAUCAUGGCCAGAUCAGACCCAUUUAAGAGCCAGCAGCAACUCUGUGGGUGGUAGUUUCCUGGAAAACUAGCUAAGGGCCCCCUUUCACUGGGUGGUUUAGCACUUCUCUGUGGUUACAUUGAACCUAUGGCUGGUAUUUGCCGUUACAGUCGGUGGUAUGUUAGACCAUUUCAGAGAGAGCCUGUGAGCAGUGCAUGCAAAGACCUGCUUGCUGUUAUGUAUUUUUUCUUUGGUAUGUUGAUGACAUCAGAGCUGCAGAAUGCAAGAACAAGGAGCUCUACCAUGUACAGUGAUGCUAAACUUUUUACUCUCAUCCUCUGCUACAACUUGCUCACACUCUUUGCCUACCUGCCUUUAUUUACUUGGUUCCAGCUUGUUGGCUAGCUGUUGCAAAUCGCCAUUGAGAGCUUGCAUGACAGUGGAAGUUGUUAGCACUCACACAGCUUCUCUUGCAAGGCUCUGGGCAGGUUGUGCACCUGACUACUUGACCUGAUUAUAACCCAACUUUUAUUGUGCUGCAGUCUUUCUGACACCUCUUUGUUUUUGCAUGCUGCAGCAUUAAACCACCAAUGCACCCAGUCCAAAAUAUCAUAAUAGGUUGAGGGGAAAUCAAUGGGUUUUCAGAGCAAUGUUACUGAAGCACUCCGCUCCAAGUCAGUGGAGAAGUAUAGAAGGCUCCCAUGAUUGCGUUCUGAAAGCUCUAAUAGUGUUGUGCAUUUUAAUGAACAUAUUUUAGGAGUCUGUAUUUUUGAAUAUGUUCUGUUGACUCUAGGAUCCCCCUGUAUACAAGAUGCCACAUCCAAAUACCUGAUGAGGGUGAGGGAUAUACAAGCUCUGCACGGAUGUGUGACCUAGUCAGGUUGCAGGUUCAAAGUGUGGACAAGCCUCUGUACCGUGGAACAUACCACUGCUUCCAGUCCAUUGUGCGUCAAGAGACGGUCUUUGGCCUGUACAAAGGGAUCGGCUCACCAAUGAUGGGGCUGGCCUUUAUCAACGCCAUUGUGUUUGGUGUCCAGGGCAACGCCAUGCGCCGGCUGGGCCACGACACACCCCUCAACCAGUUCCUGGCAGGUGCAGCGGCAGGGGCCAUCCAGUGCGUGAUCUGUUGCCCCAUGGAACUGGCAAAGACACGCAUGCAGACACAGGGCACGGGCGAGAAUAAGAAAUCGGCACGGAAACUCUACAAGAACUCCCUGGACUGCCUGGUACGCAUCUACCGGAAGGAAGGCUUUCGCGGGAUCAACCGGGGUAUGCUGACGACAGUGAUCCGCGAAACGCCGGCCUUCGGGCUCUACUUCUUAGCGUACGACACUAUGACGCGGCACCUGGGCUGUGAGCCUGAGGACAGCUACAUGAUCCCCAAGCUGCUAUUCGCUGGCGGCAUGUCGGGCAUCUUCUCCUGGCUCUCCACCUACCCUGUGGACGUCAUCAAGUCCCGGCUGCAGGCCGACGGCGUGGGUGGUGUGCACCGCUACAGCGGGAUCGCGGACUGUGUGCGCCAGAGCUGGGCGCGGGAGGGCUGGAGGGCGUUCACACGGGGCCUCACCUCCACCCUGCUUCGCGCCUUCCCCGUCAACGCUGCCACUUUUGCCACUGUGACUCUGUUUCUCAUGUACAUGCGUGACGAUGGGGGCGCCAACUGUGAGGUGCCGCCCCAGGCCCUUCAACAACAGCAGGUUCAGCCCACCAGCCUGUGAGACUAUGUGUGAGUGUGUGUGCGCGCGUGCUCUAGAGCACCCUCUAGAGUGUGUUACAGUCCUUGAGUGAUGGUGGACAGAUGGGGGACCUUAGAGAGGUUACAUGGAUGUUUUUAUGUCUGCAGGUGAAGUCUGCAUGUAAAUACAAAAGUGUCCCUUUUUUCUUUUAUUUCAGAAUUACUUUUUUUAUUAUUAUUUCCUCCCCAAUUCAAUCUUUAAGUUCAGCCUGUCAUUUGUUUUCUUUUAUAAUGGUUGAGUUACAGUAUUAUGUGGGUUGUCAACAAGAUCAACAGAAUGUUUUGAAGUCACUUUAAAUCACAGGAAAGAGAAAGGGAAGUAAUAAGUGGAGCACCACUGGGCUUUAGUGAGUAAAGUACAUAUUGGACAUGUAUGUAGUCAACAGGUAGGCUGAGGCACUGUCCUUGGUUCAUGUGAAAGUGGAUUAUUGAAAUGAAUGAUGGAAAAUGUGUUAAUCUGUGAACAUUUUUAGAAUAUUUAGUAAACACUUCUUUUAAGGAUUUCUUAUGAGUUACUAGGUGUGUGAUUUGGAUAUUUCCAAAUGUCAGAUAUAUAACUGUUGCAUGUUUUUUGUUUUAUGAGAAGAACAUUUAUUUUCAUAGAGUAACAUUUAAACUCUUUAGUAUGUGCACGUAGGUGCCUUUCCUCCACACAUGAGAACACAACUAAAGCUUUCCUAUUUUCUUGUUUACUAUGGAAUCCUAAGGAUUUUAAGUAAUUUUCUGGACUUAACCCUGAUAGCCCAGAAGUUCCCUCUCUGUUUUUUCUUUCUUUCUAAUUCAAUUCCCCCCCCACUGGAAUUUGCUGUCACAUUCCACAGUUGGGUGUGGUCUGCUGUUUGAAGUCAACAACUGCACUUUUUUCUAUGAUUUUUGACUUUCAGAUGUGUCAAUCACUGUAGUGCAAUUACUGGAAAUCACAAGGGAGCACUUGAUGUCAAUCAUUUAAGUUAUGUGUCAAAAUACAUAGUGUUUUGGUAAGCGUGGAUAAUUUAGAGAUUGAACGUUUGACGAAAUUAGCCCAGUGUGAUGAACUGCAUUACUGACUAGAAUGGCAAAGUACUGCAGACUCUUACAAGAUUAUUCAAAGAUCUGUUACCAUAGAAACUGAGGUCAAACUGAUUAGUUACUGUAAAUACAAUUGUAUUCACGUCAUCAUGCUCAGAACAUUCUGCAUUUGUUUUAUGAAAAUAAUCUUAAAACAAUCAAUUCAGCACCUUAAACCAACAACACUUCCAUCUGACAGUCAAAUGCUGCUCACACGAUUGUGUAAACAAUAGUACAUUUCUUUUGUAUUUGAACAUUUUGGUUGUUCCACAUUAAUUUAUUGUGAUGCGGUCAUAAUUGACAUGAAAAAUUCUUGAUGACAGAAGAUUGUUCGUAUAAAGCGGUUAUUUAUAUAGCACUACUUGGUUUUGUAUGUGUUACAUCAAGGUCAGGGGUAAGACUGUGUAAAGGAACAUUUGCAAGGAAGGCCAAAUCCGCAAGCAACUAUAUAUUCUUUUUAAUCUUUAUUUCUGCCUUUAGUAGGGCAUUAGUAGUCCACUUGUAUCAUACCAAUCUGUUGUAAAACAAAGGCUGAAUAAAGCAUAUUAAAAAUGUA